AUGCCCGGUGGCGUCAGAGAACUGGUGACGCCACGCUUCCGUCAGGCGGCCGAAGCAGCGCUGGGUGGAGUGCGGGCCCCCACACUGCUCACCAGCGCGGUCGCCGGUACGGAGGACGUAGGUGCAGGGACCAGUACCCCCACCUCGCUGACGCCCAGCGUACCACUCACGAAGCUGCUGGGGGGACGGGGUCUCACGACUGCGUUGCUGCUGCUGCUGGCGCGGACCACCAACGGAGCCACUCCUCUGCGCAGAGCCGCGACCAGCUCCACCGCUGCCGGCGCCGCCUCCGCCACCUCCGCCGCCUCUGCCACCUCCACUGCCUCCGCUCCCUCCGCCACCGCCGCCGCCUCCUCCGCCUCCACCACUGCCACCGACACCUCCACCCCCGCCACCACUCCCACCACCACCCCCACCCACUCCACUACCUCCACCACCACCUCCACCGCCCCCGCCAGCCCCUCCAACGCCCUUGCCCCCCUUGCCCUUGCCGGUGUGGCGUCUCCCGCUAGAGGCAGACGCAGCGCCGACCGACUCCUAACCAACGAGGCCCCUCGCGGCCCCUUCGCGGCCCCGUCGCCGCCCCCUAUCGGCCCCGUCGCCGCCCCUAUCGGCCCCGUCGCCGCCGCCAGCGGCCCCGUCGCCGACCUCUCAGGCCCCUCGCGGCCCCUUCGCGGCCCCGUCGCCGCCCCUAUCGGCCCCGUCGCCGCCCCUAACGGCCCCGACGCCGCCCCUAUCGGCCCCGUCGCCGCCCCUAUCGGCCCCGUCGCCGCCGCCAGCGGCCCCGUCGCCGACCUCUCAGGCCCCUCGCGGCCCCUUCGCGGCCCCGUCGCCGCCCCUAUCGGCCCCGUCGCCGCCCCUAACGGCCCUGUCGCCGCCCCUAUCGGCCCCGUCGCCGCCGCCAGCGGCCCCGUCGCCAACCCUAGCGGCCCCGUCGCCGCCAGCGGCCCCGUUGCCGACCCUAGCGGCCCCGUCGCCGCCCCUAGCGGCCCCGUCGCCGCCUCCAACGGCUCCGUCGCCGCCACUUGCGGCCCCGUCGCCGCCCCUUUCGGCCCCUCCUCGACCCUGCCCCGGCCCCGCCUCGGCCAUGCCCCGUCGCCAGCCGCGGCACACCGAGGGCACGUGCACCGCCCCCCCCCCCUUUUCUCGUCGCCAGCCGCGGCGCACCAGGGGCACGUGCACCGCCCUCCCUCCCCCCCCCUUUUCUCGUCGCCUGGUCUGGGGGUGGCGAGUAGGGGGUGA